GCCGCAUGUUUGCUCCGACCAAGAUCUGGCACCAUUGGCACCGCAGGUCCCAGUUAACAAGAAAUGGUAUGCCGUGGUUUCUGCCAUCGCCGCCUCUGCAGUGCCUUCCCUUGUCAUGGCCCGCAGCCACCGAAUCGAGUCUGUCCUGCAAAUCCCCUGUGUGAUCUCCGAUUCUGCUGAGGCCAUGGAGAAAACCUCCAAUGCUAUCAGUCUUCUCAAGAAAAUUGGGGCUUGCCUUGAUGCUAAGAAGGCUAAGGACAGCCAGGGUUGUCUGAUUUUGCGGAGGAGCCGGAGAGGGCUGCUUCUGCGGUGGCGGAGCUGGUGGAGUUUGGGAGGAAAAGGGUACCUCGGGAGUAUUGGAGGGAGACUGAAAUUAGGCUAAUGGCAACUGCUGGUUUGAGGAUGUUGGAGAAAGGAGUUCAAGAUAGGAUUUUGGAGGCUUGCCGAACCGUGUUGAGGGGCUCGGGUUUCAGGUUUUACGAUGAUUGGGCUUCCGUUAUUUCCGGUUCUGAUGAAGGUGUAUAUGCCUGGGUCGUUGCUAAUUAUGCCCUUGGCACUGUAGGAGGUGAUCCUAAGCAAACAACUGGUAUUAUUGAACUUGGAGGUGCUGCAGCUCAGAUGCUGAGGAAGUUAAGUAAACAGCUGAAUAGUGAGGAUUGGAUAUGGAACAACCUAAAUACCUUGCUGGGCAAUAGGAUCUAUAUCAGGAUCAAUGAUGGAGGAACAAGUGUAUUGCUUUAUGCUGAAAACAAGUUUCUUGUGAUGGUGAUACGUGAUUUGUUAAACCUUUGUGAGAUUACAAAAGGCAAAGACAACAAAGUAGUUAUUGCAAGUAAUAUAAUGCAAAUGACCGUGAACUCCAGUUUUCGAUAGUUGAUGGUGAUUUCAAGAAGUUUGAAGGAAAAUGGUCUGUCAAAUCUGGUAAAAGUACAAUGCUAUUAAAUGCUCUUGAGGAGAUGAAAAAGGUUGGCUUUUGGAUAUGCUCAUGAAGAUGACUUCAGUUUGACACAAAUUGCUGCUUUAGUCUAUGUUUUUGUUUGGAAAGAGUACUUUGUUUUUUUGGAUGCGUAAUGGCUAUUACUAGUUGAACUGAUGUGAAUUUAGUACUCUAUUGUUUGGAUGGAUAAUGGCUGUUAGUACUUGAACUAAUGUGGGCUUUGGAACCCAUUUUGGUUAA